CCGUACCCCACAUUUCUGUAUUAAUUCUUUUGCCUUGUCCUCUUUGUUGUUUUCACUCCAUCCACUCAUCUCACCACUCAAACCGAUCCAGCAAGGAAAGACCUCUACAGCGGUAAGGGGAAAUCUAGGUCGGCCAUCUCGUCAUUCCGAAUCCCUCAGUUGUCACCGAUUUUCUCUCUAUCUCGCCUUCCUUCCGAUAAACCUUUUAUCUUUCUCCUUCAUUACAACUUCAAAAUUCUUUCCUUCAUCCAUCAACUUUCCAGCUCAGUCGCUGCCAAAGACAGCUAACGUUUUGUGCCGCAACAGCGCAAAUUUCGACGACGCCGGUAUUGCCGACCACGAACAGUAUUGUGGAACGACCUGUGGGUGUCGCCGAGAAGUAUCGCGCUUCGAAGAGUGUCUUGCAACGACGUUUAGAGGGGCAGCCUACUUUCCAUAUUUGGAGGUUGUAGGAUUUUGACCCCUGGAGUAACUUUCCCUGGCAGCGCAUAGGUGGACAAAUUCUUGGGUUCAACACUUAUCGUUAUAGACGUAGACAAACACUCGCACCCUUUACUCCUUAUCCUCCAUUCUUACUCUCCCAACUCUGUCUCAAAAUGAGCAGCAUACAUCACCAGGUAUCAGCAACGUACGAGGGACGAACAGGGGAAGGAAGGACUGAUGUGAGUCCGUAUCCCCAGCAACAGCAUUAUCCUACAUCGGCGCAACCGUCUUUCCAGCCUCCUCCGCCUAUAUCACCUCCAUCGUCUUCUCCUUUCGCCUUUGCACCACCUCCCCUUGGAACUACGCUGCCUCCAGGAGGGACAUCUCGUCCUCCAUUGGUGUCACAUCACUCUGAUCCACCACCUGUCGCUCAACCUAUAUCCUAUUCGUUCAUGAAGCAGCAACAGCAACUACCACCUCCGGCUCCUCACCAUGGAAGUUAUCCCUAUGUCACCAGUAUUCCCAUGAGCUACCGUUCAUAUUCAGGGGAUAGUGAUAGGAACUCCCCUCAAUCACUGAACGGUAGGGCGCCCGCCCCAAGUAAUCCUUCUACUCAUUCUGCUUCAAUAUCUGCUCAGUCAAGCCCGUUACCAUCGAAUUUUCAGUAUCAGCGUCAAAUGCUGCCCGGACCGUAUGAAGCGCCUGUGGGACAAACAUUACCAGAUCUAAAUCGUUCAGCGACGUAUCCUCAAGGUUAUUACAAUCCUGGGUACGCAUCGGCCUUAUCUACGGAGAUGCCCCGUUCGCUUUCGUACCCCUCUGGAUACUCUCAGCCGUACUCUUAUAUCCCCCCAUUACCAUCACCCACGUCUUUUCACCCGGCCAUUCCUGGCUAUUCAUCGCUUACGAGACAUCAUACUCUUGGUACGGGGCCUUCGUACGCGUUUAGCAGCAGGCAACCUGUUCAAGAUCGACCGUUCAAAUGCGAUGAAUGUUUGCAGAGCUUUAACCGUAAUCACGACCUGAAACGUCAUAAGAGAAUCCAUCUCAGUGUCAAACCCUUUGGCUGUGAGAAAUGUGGUAAAACAUUCUCCCGUAAAGACGCAUUGAGAAGACAUUGGCUAGUCAAAGGAUGUCGAGGUUCUGAGGGCGCUACCGCACCUAUAGUGCCGCUUUACCCUCUUUCUUCGACUUCGUCACAGCCGCCCGCACUUUCUCCUUCUACGCCCACUUCGCUGGAGCAACUAAAAGGUAACCCUAUCACGGGUUCAUCCUCAUCCUCUCGGUCUAGCACCACCCUUCCACCCUUGUCAAGUCUUCCCCAGCGUCAAUCAGCCGAUCAGUCACAGAUCAUCCUCACUCCUCGUGAACCUUCUGGCUUGACACUUGCCCAAGCGGCCGCUCCUGUUGCUCAAAUUUCUAUCAAGACGGUCGAUCCGGCUGUAGGAAAUAUUGAUGUCGGAAGCGGAUCAGGAAGCGCUGGGUCAAUGGGAGAAGGUUUCGCACCCGAAUACUUUGACAGCGUUGUACCGGUUAAAUCGGCCAGUGGCACGUCGACUGAUGCCAGAAGUAACGUUUCACCUUUCUCUAGUACAUGCACUUCACCACCCGAAAGUAUUCAACCUCAGCCUUAUCGAAAAUCGACUCUGACCUUGGCGUCUGAUGGGACUGGACCUUCGCCAUCGAGCUCCUAUAACGAUACUAUUUCUUUUGCUCCGAGUAGCCUUGGGGCUGAGGGGAAGCCUGUGUUCAUUACGCCGUUUACACCAACAGCGCAAUCGUUUGCUAUGCAGCAGCAAGGAACGAAUGUCAGUCAGACUUCUUCUGAAGCGGCUACGAUGGAGAGGCAAGCGAGUUCGGAUAAGAUGCCUGAGACAUGGCAAAGAUGGCAUCGUCCAUCGUUCCCCUUCCCUGCUCCUCCUGGAAUCUCAUUCGCCUUUGACCCUGCAAGUCCUUUGGAGGGGACAGACCCGUCAUACGCCCAGUAAACGAAAGUAAACGAACCAUCCAAUUUAUCAAUCGUCCAACCUCUUUUUGUUAUUUCCUUAUGGGACGUUGUACUUUUAUCUUUUCAUCGUCAUUGUCUGCUGUGUCAUUCAUCUUCAAUUUUUUUCUUGGGAUUCUUUUACUCUGUCAAACUUUAACAAACAUUCGUGUCUUUUUUGGGUUUUUAGGGACAAUCGCCUCCGCAUCUCGCAUUUCGCAUCGUGUCGUGCAAUUGCUCAUCAAUGUCUUUAUCUAAGACUGUUAUGACACAAGGCCAAUUAUUAUUGGUACUCUACAUAGCAUCAUAGUAGAAAGAUAGAAAAAAAAGUCUCUGUCACACCUUCUACUAGUAGGGAAAAGAAAACAAUCAUUCGUAUGUUGCGCAACAAGUCCAAAGGUUGUUAAGACCAUGAUAUGUAUCUUCAGCUUGCAGCGUCUGUCUUUCUCGUCCCCUCGGAGCAACAAAAAUGGUCAGCAGUUUAUUUAUUCAAGGUUUAUUAUCUCAACCUUU